CGCCCCCUGAGCUCGGAGGCGCAGUGGCGGCGAUGUGGUUCCCCGAGAGCGUGGCCUCCGUCCUGCAGGGGGUCGUGGAGGCCUUCGCCAGCCCCGAGGAGGACCUCUUGCUCGCAGGGCCUCGCGCGGGGCUCUCGGAGGGCGAGGGGGAGGAGGAGGACGAGGACGAGAUUGCUCUGAGAAUUGCCAUUGAGGAGUGGUCAGCUCGAAGAAGUUCCGCCAGAGUCCCGUGGGAAGCCGCCUUGUCGCAGAAGGACUUUCUCACAACAUUUAGGGUGACACGACCUCUGUACAAGUACUUGUUGCACGAAUGGGAACGUGAGCAACUCGCCGAUGCUUGGAAGGCCAGGGUUCAUCCCGCAGACAGGCAGGUCUUGGCUGCCUUGUAUUACCUCGGAAAUUCGGAACCCAUCACGUCUGUUGCAGAGAGGUUCUCCAUGAUGCCCUCAACAAUACACAGUGUUAUCAUGGCCUUCACCAACUUCCUAGAGACUUUGGGAGACAGAUACCUCUCUUGGCCAAAUGCUCAGGAAAAAAUCCGCUGUUCCGAGAUAGUGAGGCAGAACGGAGGCCUUCCUGGUGUUUUCGGUGCCUUGGACGCGGCACUCAUUAAGAUCCGAGCUCCUGCAGGGGACGAGAAAGCACAUUAUAUCUACAAGAAGGUUUCAACAGGACUGAAGUGUGCAGUCGUGAUGCAGUUUGUGGUUGAUGCUGAGCUUUUGUUGCGUGAUGUUCAUUUAGCAGCUCCAAGUGAUGCCAACCGUGCAUCAAUAUUACAGACGUCCAGGUUAUGGGAACUUCUGCACUGUACUGUUGCAGAAGAAACUCACCUGGUUGCACCUGCUGUCUAUCCUUUGGCGCCGACAAUCAUGAUUCCAUAUGUAGGAGAACAGCUGAGUCCUCAAGAAACAACCUUCAAUGAGCUCCACUCGGAGGCCUUUAAGCUCACCAGGAACGCCAUGACAGCUCUGAAGUCGCGCUUUCGACGGCUGCAGCUCCUGGACCAGAAGCUCACCAACAUCUUCAAGAUAAUCUCGUCAACUUGCAUCCUGCACAACAUGGCAAUUAUGAGGGAAGGGCCAGAGGUGUUGCAAGACCUACAGAUGUCGUACAGGAGUGACACAGAUGAGGAUGGAUGGCACGCACUCCCUCAGGAAACCAUCUCCGACUUUGGGAUCCUCGGAGGGGAGGAGAAGAGGCACUACCUGACCACUGUCUUGCCAUGAUUAAUGUCACCAUGGCCCUUCUUGCGGCCUCUUUACGGUCUCAGCUUUCUUUCUGUCUCAUUUAUCACUCUCUCUCUCUCUCUCUCUCUCUCUCUCUCUCUCUCUCUCUCUCUAAAAUUUCUUUUCUUGUCUUUUCUCUCUCUCACACUCUCUUCCUUUCUCACUCUUCCCAAUCUCUCCCUCUGUCACACCGCCCUCUCUCACUCUCUCUCUUUUUAUAGAUAUAGAAGAUGAAUGAAAUUUGUGAUAAUAAAGCAAAAAGGCCUUGA